AUGAGCUCCAUUAAGCACCUGUUGAAGCGAGUUCUGCUCGGAACCUUCCUGCUACUCCAGCCAGCGUUGAGCGAAACCCAUGGGAAAUUACUUCCACGCUCAACUUCAACUUCAACCUCAACUUCAACUUCAACGGUAGAGGCAGCAGCGGCGGCGGCGGCGACAUGUAACGGCCGCACAGAAUACUGCACGCGCUCCUACUCAAACAUAACCUUCAUCGGCUCACACGACUCCGCUUUUGUCGGAGAACUACCACAGCAGAAUCAAAAUAUCAACAUAACAGCCCAACUAAAUAUGGGCAUUCGGUUUCUGCAAGCGCAAACGCAUCACGCUCUCUUAGACGAGAAUGUCAUUGAGUUGUGCCAUACAUCCUGUCUCCUGGAGGACGCGGGAACCCUACAGUCUUUCUUGGGUACCGUUAAGAACUGGCUGGAUGCAAAUCCCGAUGAAGUGGUAACUCUUCUCCUCACGAAUGGAGACUCGCUCGCUGUCAGCUUGUUCGGGGAUACUUUUUCCAACAGCGGAAUAACAGAUUAUGCGUUUGUACCGUCUUCCAAUCCUCUUUCUAUCGAUGAUUGGCCUACUCUCGGUGAUUUGAUCUCAAACGGGACGAGGUUGAUUGUGUUCUUGGACUACGGCGCCGACACCAGCACAGUAAACUACAUCCUCCCGGAAUUUAAUUAUUACUUCGAAACACCCUACGACGUAACAGACCGCACAUUCCCAAACUGCAGUAUUGACCGUCCAGCCGGUGCAUCAGCCUCAGGUCUUAUGUAUAUCGUCAAUCACUUCCUAGAUAUAGAUAUAUUAGGUAUCGAUAUUCCGGCCCGCGAAGCUGCGUCUAGCACUAAUGCUGCGACUGGCGAGGGCAGUAUCGGUGCUCAGGCAAGUGAGUGUGAGGCGCUUUAUAAUCGUGAGCCUAAUAUUGUGCUUGCGGAUUUUGUGGAUCAGGGUAAUGUGAUUGAAGCACAGAAUCAGUUGAAUGGGUUCUAG